GUGCGCGAGCCAGGCUCCCCCCACCCCACCCCACGCACUAGCUUGUGUGUGGGUUUCGGCUCGCUGCGGGCUCCGGGCUUGGCCGCGCUUGCUCCCCUGUCGUGCGCCCGGGGCUUUUUGUGGCGGGGGCCGGACCUGGGUUUUGCGUCCCGAGUUCUGUGCCGUGCUCGCGGCGCCGCUCCGGGGUAGGGAUCUCCCGAGGCGGCAGGCGCAGCCCCCGGGACCAGGGAGCGAGCGCGCCGGCGUGAGCGGCGGCGGCGGCGGCGACUGUGAGGGGCCGAGGAGGCGAGAAGGAGGCGGACGCGAUGCCGGAGUUCCUAGAGGACCCUUCGGUCCUGACCAAAGACAAGUUGAAGAGCGAGUUGGUGGCCAACAACGUGACGCUCCCGGCCGGCGAGCAGCGCAAGGACGUGUACGUGCAGCUCUACCUGCAGCACCUCACGGCGCGCAACCGGCCGCCGCUCGCCGCGGGAGCCAACAGCAAAGGGCCACCCGACUUCUCGAGCGACGAGGAGCGCGAGCCCACGCCGGUGCUCGGCUCCGGGGCCUCCGUGGGUCGCGGCCGCGGCGCCGUCGGCAGGAAAGCCACAAAGAAAACUGAUAAGCCCAGGCUAGAAGAUAAAGAUGAUCUGGAUGUGACAGAGCUCUCUAAUGAAGAACUUCUGGAUCAGCUUGUGAGAUAUGGAGUGAAUCCUGGUCCCAUUGUGGGAACAACCAGGAAGCUAUAUGAGAAAAAGCUGUUGAAGCUGAGGGAGCAGGGAACUGAAUCGAGAUCCUCUACUCCUCUUCCAACAGUCUCUUCCUCUGCAGAAAACACAAGACAGAAUGGAAGUAACGACUCUGACAGAUACAGUGACAAUGAUGAAGACUCUAAAAUAGAGCUCAAGCUUGAGAAGAGAGAACCGCUAAAGGGCAGAGCAAAGACGCCAGUCACACUCAAGCAGAGAAGGAUUGAGCACAAUCAGAGCUAUUCUCAAGCUGGAGUAACUGAGACUGAAUGGACGAGUGGAUCUUCAAAAGGCGGACCUCUGCAGGCAUUAACUAGGGAGUCCACGAGAGGGUCGAGAAGAACUCCAAGGAAAAGGGUGGAAGCUUCACAGCGUUUUCGUAUAGAUGGUGCAGUAAUUUCAGAGAGUACUCCCAUAGCUGAAACUAUAAAGGCUUCAAGCAACGAGUCCCUAGUGGCCAAUAGGUUGACUGGAAAUUUCAAGCAUGCAUCUUCUAUUCUGCCAAUCACUGAAUUCUCAGACAUAACCAGAAGAACACCAAAGAAACCAUUGACAAGAGCUGAAGUGGGAGAAAAAACAGAGGAAAGAAGAGUAGAAAGGGAUAUUCUUAAGGAAAUGUUCCCCUAUGAAGCCUCUACUCCAACAGGAAUUAGUGCUAGCUGCCGCAGACCAAUCAAAGGCGCUGCAGGCCGGCCGCUCGAGCUCAGUGACUUCAGGAUGGAAGAGUCGUUUUCAUCUAAGUACAUCCCGAAGUACGCUCCUUUGGCAGAUGUCAAGUCAGAAAAGACAAAGAAGAGACGCUCCGUCCCCAUGUGGAUAAAAGUGUUACUGUUUGCUGUUGUGGCCGUGUUUCUGUUUUUGGUCUAUCAAGCUAUGGAAACCAACCAAGGAAAUCCCUUCACUAAUUUUCUUCAAGAUGCUAAAAUAUCCAACUGAAGAAAUCAUUUCGGCACAUUCAACCUGAUCUCCUGUUUUUAAUAACUGUAGGAAAACAUUUGUGUCCACUUGUUGACUGAAGAACUAAAUUGUGAUUUCACCUCAGUAAAGUUAGUGCUGCAUUGAAAAGCAGACAGGAUGCUUACACGGAUCUCUUUUCAAUAUUUUGGACCUUGGAGAUCACAUUGUGCCAUAUGAAUAAUUUUUUUAGCUCCAGAACUUUUUUGUAGGCUUUAUUUUUUUAAUGUGGACAUCUUAUUUCACUUUUGGGGAAAAUGCAUUGUUUUGUGUAUUUGAAAAAUAAGGCAAAACAUGGUGAUGUAAUGUGAAGCUACACAUUAAAUACUUGGAAUUCUUACAGAAAAGGUUUAUGACUUAUUCUCUGCUGAUAAAAAUGUUACAAAUGUGAAUGAAGUUCAGUAUGAGAAACGGUCACGCAGUUGUGCUUCCUGUACACAGCGGUUUGUCCAUGGAGGGUACAGCAAUAAGCUCUUGUGUGACUCCUGUCAUGUGGUAGUGCUGGUGCGGCCUUACCACACCACUUGCUAGAGUUUCCGUCAUAUCAUGGAAGUCCUACUUCAUUAAAACCAUUGAGUACGCUUGGCUUUCCACAGGGACCUUGUAGAGCAGCAGAAACCUGCUUUAUUUUAGCUGGCUGUACGAUUGAGGGAGCUGCUAGCUACCUCUAAAGCUCCCAUUGGGAUCCUGUGCUUUUUAUUUACAGUAAAGCAUUUGUCCCAUCCAUCUAGCUUAUUAGCAAAAUAUUCUUUAGGUAAAUACGUGUGAGGGUGUUUGUUUAGAAGUUAGAAACUAGACACUGGUCCCCUCUGUUUCAGUUUAUUUCAUUGUCUUUUAACCAAAAAAAAAAAAAAAAAAAUUUGUUUUUCAGCCAGGGAUUUUUGUUUUGCUUUGGGUUGAGUCGGGGUGUUGAGGUUUUUGGUUUUUUUAGGCAUAUAAUUCCCGAUGUAAUUUGAUUUAAAAGUAUAACCAACUUGCUUUUAAAUCACAUAUGUAGUAGCUAAUGCUUAAUUUGUAAUUUCAAAUAAGGUGGGCAUUAUGGUUUUGUAUAUUCCUGAAAUGAUUAACGAUAUCCUUAUGGUUGUCGUCUUUUUUUUAGCUGAAAUUUACCUCAUGUAUGGCUUAGAUGAAGUUGCCGUCAGUUUAAAUUUUAGUAAAAAUCAAGUAAAGCAUAAACAUCUUUAACUAAAUCAUUUAAGUUACAAUUUUACAGUCAUUGACCGUAAAGCACACUAAAAAUAUAAAUUAUUUUUAAUAACAUCCAAAAUAUAAAGACAAUUUUAAUUUUUACAAAGGAGGAAGCCGAAUAUGAAUAUUUAGACCAGCACACAGUUUUGACUUAAUAUUUACUGUAUUUAGCUUUUAGAUAUUUCAUAGACAUUUUAAGUACCCUUUUGCCAUUGAGACUAGAACAUGUAGAUCUGGUCUUCCAGGGCACGUGGGGAGCUAGCUGACUUAGAUCUCAAGUGCUUGCCUCUCAGAGUCAAAUUGUCUCUCUUGAGAUGAGCCACAGGGGGCAUGUUUUACUCAAUUUUCCCACCUUAAGUGACAGCCAUCUUCCUUUGUUUUCAGACACAGCUUCUCAUAUUGCUUUCAAUCUUUUGUUUAUAAUUAAAAAUUGUGAGAAGCCCCACUUGAUGUUUAAAAGUGUGGGGGUAUAAAUCAGACUUCACAUAUACGUAAGGUCAGUCUGGAAUCAGAAAAUAUGGUCCAGUAUAGCAAAAGGUAGGACCAGCUAAAACAUGCCUUUUUUUUUUUUUUUUUUUUUUAAAUGUGUACUUGGUCUUUUGUCUGUGUCUGUUUUCCACUAGAGUAAAUGUGUCCUUGAUGUAAAUGCGAAGCAUUUAUUAAUUCAUAGAUGUAGACUUUACAAUAUAAUUCAAUAAUAAAGUAAUUAACCUCUA